AUGGAUCCCCGCAAGGAAAAGCCGCGCAAGCCCAUGAAAGCCAAAACGACGAAGCGGAAAGAGAAAACGCACCGGAGCGGCAUGUUCACCCGGCGGAAAUCGCUUCGUUCUCUCAGUCAGUUCAUGAGCAGGAUUCUUAAAACUUUGAGCACUUUGGCGCACUUCGGCGAGGGACGGCCGCCGGAGCCCAGAGAGGACGACGACGACGGCGGCUUCGGUCGAAGCGACAGCGGAGGCUUUAAAGAACAGCCCCCGGUGAGUGUUCCGAAGGAAGGCACUGUGAAAAAGAGCGCCACGCUGUCUUCCCACGGUUCGGUCAAGGAGCGACUGUCGUGGUGCUACGGUGACAAGACCCCAGGGGCUCUUGGUCUCAAAAACCAUGGGAACACCUGCUUCAUGAACGCCGUGGUGCAGUGCCUCAGCAACACCGACCUUUUGGCUGAGUACCUCGGGUUGGAGCGGUAUAAGAUGGACGUGUUGGCCCGGAGAGUGAACGGCGAGACCGCCAGGGGUGAGGUGACUGAACAGCUCGCGUCGCUAGUUCGAGCCUUGUGGACGCUGGAGUACACGCCGCAGCUCUCCGUGGAUUUCAAGAGCAUCGUGGCAAAAUAUGGCUCUCAGUUUCGAGGCAACUCGCAGCACGAUGCCCUGGAGUUCCUCCUCUGGCUUUUGGACAGAGUUCACGAAGAUGCCAAAAACCCGAACAACAACAACAGUAGCAGCAGCAGUAGCAACAACACCAAAGCUAACUUCAAGGGACCCAGCUCAUUGGAGGACCUGUCCAACAAGCAGCAGCCCAGAGGCCGUAACAGUUUUGUCCAAGAACACUUUCAGGCUCAGUACAGGUCAUCUCUGACUUGCCCCCAUUGCCUUAAGCAGAGCAACACUUUCGACCCCUUUUUAUGUAUCUCCCUGCCCAUCCCUCUGCGACAAACCAGGCCAAUAUGUGUGACGCUGGUGUUCAGUACCAAGGGUCAGCGGUACCUACGAGUGGGACUCGCCGUGCCUCUCUUUGGUUCACUUUCCAUUUUGAGAGCCAUGAUAGCAGAAGAAGGAGCCAUCUCUCCAGAGCAGAUAAUCCUGGCCGAAGUGUACUCCACUGGAUUCCAGCGUUCCUUCUCAGAUGACGACGACCUGACAGCCAUUGCUGAUAGUGACGUCAUUUACGCCUUCCAAGCUCCACCUCUGCACAGUCGCACAGGAUCUGUGCCGCACUCAGGGUAUCACCACAGCCUCCCCAAUUCCCCCUACAGCUCCUCAACUGCAAGGUUACCAUCGUCUGGUACAUUAUCCACUGAAUAUCUGAACCAGGGCAGUGCCUUUAAGGUUCUGCUGCUUAUCUGCAAUACGUCAGGAAGUGGUCAGCAGGCUGUCAGGUUCGGGCCGCCAUUUCUCAUGCUGGAAGACAAGAGCAUCUCCUGGGAGCAGCUGCAGCAGAGCAUCCUCAACAAGCUCUAUUAUCUGAUGCUGAACAGAUCUCAUGCUCAGAACACCCGGGUGCUGUUUAAGAUCCGAGUGGUGGGAGUAUCAGCAUCUUCUAGCUACCUGUCACCUCAAGACAGCAGACCACUGCACCACCCUGCUGUUGAUAGAGCACUAAAGAUUUGUGGGCCCGGGGGACCUCAACAUGUCAAAGUUGUCAUCGAGUGGGAGCAGAAGCUUAAAGACUGUGUGUUUGGCAGCAUCCAGGAAGAAGUGGUUCAAGAUGCCGAAAGCGUGAGGAACCAGCAGCAGCACCAUCUUCAGCAACAUAGCUGCACUCUGGACCAGUGUUUUCAGCUAUAUACCAAAGAAGAGCAGCUGGCCCCGGAUGACGCCUGGAAGUGCCCCCACUGCAAACAAAUGCAGCAGGGCAUGGUGAAGAUGUGCUUGUGGACGCUGCCUGACAUACUCAUACUUCACCUUAAGCGCUUCAGACAGGUAGGCGAGCGCAGGAACAAGCUUUCCACACUGGUGCAUUUCCCACUGACUGCCUUGGACAUGGCACCUCAUGUUGUUAAAAGAAGCCAGAGUAUGCGUAACCUGAAUAACGGGCCAUGGCCCACAUCCUGGCCAAAGUCUGCAGGCCAACAACACCCGCCAGCGGACAUGAUCCUGCCUCACGACUACCUGUAUGACCUCUACGCAGUGUGCAAUCAUCACGGAGGAAUGCACGGAGGGCACUAUACUGCCUAUUGCCGGAACUCUGUGGACGGUGUGUGGUACAGCUACGAUGACAGCAGUGUUGACCUGGUCCCAGAGGAGGAAAUUUGCACCAAAGGAGCCUAUAUUCUCUUCUACCAAAGACGGAACAUCAUUCCCCCGUGGUCGGCCAGCAGCUCCCUCAGAGGUUCUACAAGUUCUUCAGUGUCCGACCAUUGGUUAAUCCGCCUGACAGGAGAUAGUAAGAGAGGGAGCAUGGUGUCACGCUCCUCCACCACCUGCCCGUCUUCUGUUCCCGAUUCCCCAGACUCUCCUGUUUUCUUGGAAAAUGUCCCUAAAGAGGAAGGAGGGGGAUUUGAGAGCAGACCUUUUGUGAGGGGACUGCAGGGGCGGAGCGUGAGCAUGAGGGCACCCAACAAGACCAAGGAUACCCUAAACAAGGUGCUACCCCUGCGUUGGUCGCUUGGGUCCAGAGACCGACGAAAACCUGAGCCAGCACUUCCCGAUGUUCAAGAUCCCGCCCCUGUGGAACUGGUCGAGUAUUUGGAGUCUGGCCGACGACCUCGCUGUACCAAGGAUCCGAUAGAGUCCUUAAUGAAUGAAUCUCGAAACUCCAAGCAAACCAGUAGCAGCCGAACAGUCAGAUCCUCUAGUGCAGGCAGGAUCAGUUGCGUAGCGAAAGUAGGAGAUGAAUCCAGACAGUUGCCAGAGGGCCAGCGGAGGCCUUUACAUCAAACAUCCAGCUUGAGGCGCAACAAAGAGAGCCCGCCGAGUGAGGAAGGCAGUAGUAACAGUCUUGCCAAGAGAAAAGACUCCAAAAGACAGAGCUCUUCUAAAACCCAACAGGACACAAGGCCAACUUCUGGAGUUCAAACCAGCUCCAGCAUUCUUGGUGGAACUCUCAGACGACAGAAAGAUGAUCGAACUGAACAGGAACGCUGUGUUGCAAACGAAGGGGCUGCGAAGGGCAAGAACCAUGAGGGACUGCUUUCAUUCCUUAAAGGGAACUUCCUGAAGAGGGACAAGGACUCCAGAAAGUCAAAGGAAGGUACAGUACUAGACGGGGGGAGAAGGACUCCGUCCAGGGUGUCGUUGUCUAAUGGAGCGGCCGGAGGCGAGCUGAGGAAUUCUCAUAGCGAAGAACUCGCAAACGGAAAAGCUAGACAGAGCUCCACCGACAUCAAGCGCUCACAGAGCUCGUCCAGCCUCCCUGCAAGGACGGAGCAGGGCGCCCGCAGAACGGCGUCGCUGCAUCGCAACGGCACAUCUGCACCCUCGGCCCAGAUCCGCGGCGCCAGCAUGGACAAGUUGUCCUACGCCAGCCUUCCGAGGCCUCGUUACGGCACUGCCUCUCUGGGACGAAAAAAGAAAGUUCAAGAGUCCAGCUUCUAA